AUGAGUCACAAUUUGGUGAAUGGUAUAACUUUAGGAAAAUAUCUAUCCAAGUUCCAUAAUGUAUCAAUUGAAGAUGAGCUACCUACAUUUAAAGAAUAUAUGAGUAGAGUAUUGAUACUACCACUAAAAAAAUUUGAAACGCAUUUAUUAUCUUCAAAGUUAAAAUUUAGAGAUCAAAGCUAUAAAAAGUUUCUUAGAUUAUUAGCUAUAAAUUUAAUCAAAGAGCAAUCUCAAAAUAUACUAAUAUCAGGAUUACCACGAAUAAAAGUCAAUACUUAUUUCAACAAUGCAAAAUAUAAUUUUACAAAAUCUUCAUUCUUUAUGAUCUCAGAGUUGGAAAGUGAUCAUUGGGAAAGAAUUUAUCAAAUUUUAGGUUCAGGGAAAUUUUCAGAUUUAUUGAUCAAUUGUAAAGGGUUUUUGAGAAAAGACAAAGGUUAUGUUCAAUUUUUUGGUGACUCCAUCAGUUAUACCCCCAGAGAAGGUGCGGUUGAGCAUAACUCCAUUCAAAAGAGAUCGCUUUUGCAAAAGUUAAAUAAAAGACAGAGUUACUGGAAUUUUAAAUUAUUAAAUGUUUCUGAAGUAGAAUUGUGUAAGGAGAUCUUUGGCUCAUCAAUUAAAGGUAAGAGAUACAAUAAAAUUAUAUACAUAUUAAAACAUAUCAUUAGAAACGAUGACAAAUGUCGAUAUAAUUUGAUGUACAGAAGUAUGCUUUGCGAAACAGAUAUCAAUUUCAAAGAUGUAUCAAAAAAUGCAAAUUCUUUACAAGACAUUUUUUCAUUUAUCUUUUCAAUACUUGGUAAAAUAUUGACCAUAGAGGCAUGGGGUGGUGAAAAGAAUAAAAAGAUUAUUCGAAAAAGAAUAGUCGAUUAUAUUAAAUUGGAUUCUAAUGGGUGUUUGAAUAUUCAUGAAAUCAUGAAAGAUCUACAAUUGAAAGAUUUUACGUGGCUUGGUACAACAUCUAACAUUACUUCAAAGCAGGACUUCGAAAUAAGAAAGAAUUUACUAAAACAAUAUAUUACCUGGUUAUUUGACUCGUUACUAAAAAAAAUUGUGAAAGCGUUUUGGUACAUCACCGAAUCCACGUCUGGGGAAAUAUUGUUUUUUCCACGUCAUGUAUGGCAUAAAAUUUCAACGUUAUGGUUAGAAAAUUAUGCAAAAGAUAAUUUUAUUAAAACUACUUUGGUGGGGAAUGAAAAGUAUAAUUAUGGAAAACUCAAAUUGGUACCUAAGAAGAAUUCUUUUAGAUUGAUAUGUGUACCUGUCAAAAGAUCAACUCGAUUAUUGACUGAGAAAUUGUCUGAAUAUGAACAAGAGAGGCAAAGAAUUGAAUUUAAUGUCUUUAAGGCGAAUACGCUAAGACCCAUAAGACUAAUACUAAUACAAAAACUAAAUUCAAAAAUUGAAACUGAUGUACGGUUUUCGGUAACAGCAACUUCAAAUAGAGUAGUAGCAAAUCGAAUGGUAGACUUCAGAUCCAGAUUACUUAGUCUCUAUGAUGGCAAGAUCCCAAAGUUGUAUAUGAUAAAAUUUGAUAUGAAAGAAUGCUAUGAUCGAAUGAAUCAAAAGAAAUUGAUUGAAAAAGUUAUAGGUUUAUUCAAAGAUGAUCCAUAUCAACAUAAAUACUAUUUCAAACUGUUUUAUAAAUCUGAUGCGUUAUUAAGAAUAGAAAAAACCAAAUAUAAAGUCGAGACUGAAUUUCACAAAUUGAAUAUUUUAUCUGAAGAUUUUGAUAAAUUAAAUAAAGGUAUAUGGUCAGAUAAAGGUAAAACAUUAUUUUUUACAAGAGCUCAAAUUAUUGACGAAUGUAUACAACAGAUAUUUGGGGCAAAGGGGUUUAUAGAAGGUACAAAAUCUCCUGAUUUUAAAUUUUACAGAAGAAAACAAGGUAUAUUUCAAGGUUUCAUAUUGUCAAGUAUUUUCUGUGAUAUUUUAUAUAGUUCGAUGGUUGCGGAUACUUUCAAAUUUCUUUGGGAGAGUGAAUUAAAAGAACCUUUCUUUUUCACCAGAAUGGUUGAUGAUUUUUUAUUUUUAUCAACAAAUAAGGAGCUUUAUGACAAAGUGUCAGAAAUUGUUAAUGGUCAACAACUUGAAAAAUAUGGAGCAUUUGUGAAUCAUGAAAAAACUCAGCAAAUAAAUCAUAAAGAAGAAGCAAACUUGGACCAGACUUUUCAAUUUGUUGGGCUUGAAAUUGAACUUUCAACUUUGAACUUCAAUAAGAAUUAUAAAGAUUUAGGUGUUCUUCCAACUACAAGAUACAGAACUUUCAAGACAUUGUUAACAUUUUUGAGAAGUUCUUAUUGUGUGAGGUUACAUGAAUACAUCCUAAAAAAAGACUCAGACUUUAUAGAUUCAAUAUUGAGCAAUAUCAAUAAUUUGUUGGAGUUCACAAUUUCAUCAUUCAAAGAAGCAUUUAAAGGGAUAAAUAAAAUAGAUCAAUUUAAUAUCGCAAACUUUUGUAAAUUUUUGGUUGAGAUCAUAAAUGAAACGAUAAAGAAAUAUAUGAUUGUCAAUAGAACAGUUGAAAAUCUUGACGAUCUCUAUGAUGGAUUAAAAGAAUGUUUAAUUGAAUGUUUACAUGAAGCUCAAUAUGUUGAUGUACUUAAGUAUUUGGAUAGUUUAGAGUUAGAGUAA